AUGCGGGGCCUCAUCAGAUUAUUUUUGGCUCUGUUACUUCCAGUAGCUCAGGCGGUCUCCUUAGAUAUCAAAAGCAAAGAUAGCGUGAAUGCCGCCACUGCAUUAAUCGCCAAGGGCCUCAUGGACUACUACGACGGCAACAAGUAUGGAGGAACAGUCGGUAUGAUGACCGCUCCGUACUACUGGUGGGAAGCCGGCGCGGCUUGGAACAGUAUGCUAGAGUACUGGUUCAUUACAGGUGAUGAGACCUACAAUCCUACUGUCAAAGAGUCUCUGCUGUACCAGGUGGGUGCCAACAAGGACUAUUUGCCCAGCAAUCAGUCCACAACGGAAGGAAAUGAUGAUCAAGGGUUUUGGGGGAUUGCAGCCAUGGCUGCUGCAGAGCGGAACUUCAGCAAUCCCAGCGAAAACCAGCCUGGCUGGCUAUACCUUGCUCAAGCAGUGUUUAACCAGAUGGUGACUCGCUGGGAUACCGAGAACUGCAAUGGUGGAUUGCGUUGGCAGAUUUACACAUGGAACGCGGGAUGGGACUAUAAAAAUACUGUAUCAAAUGGAUGCAUGUUCAACCUGGCUGCACGCCUGGCUCGUUAUACCGGCAACCAGAGCUAUGCUGAUUGGGCAGACAAGAUCUGGGACUGGUUACAGGAAGUAGAGUUCCUGAACUAUGAUAGUGGUCUGUUCAAACUAUACGACGGUGCACAUCUUGAAAAUGAAUGCAAAAACCACACCAACAUCGAGUGGACAUACAACUAUGGCCUGCUACUGUCCGGGUCCGCUUUUCUCUACGAUUUCACAAACCAGUCCUCCGUUUGGGAAGAACGCGCUACCGAGCUUUGGAACCGUGCCAAGGUUUUCUUCGACAAUGGCGUCAUGUACGAAGCGGCUUGCAAUCCUAUUGGUGGCACUAUGCGCUGUAACAAUGACCAGCGCUGCUUCAAAGCAAUCUUUUCCAGAUUCUUGGGGCACACCGCCACUUUCAUCCCUUCUUUGCAAGACGACAUUAUGUCGUCCCUCGAUUCCUCCGCUGCUGGAGCUGCUCAGUCCUGUAGUGGUGGUACUGAUGGACAUACCUGCGGAUUAAGCUGGACGUAUAGCGGAUGGGACAACUAUUAUGGCCUAGGUGAACAGAUGUCUGCUCUUGAGUGUAUACUCAACACCCAAAUUCUAACGGUUGCCAAACCAUUGUCUAAGAGAACAGGUGCAACAUCCAAUGGGUCAGAAACUGCCGGCUCCACGCAAAAGACCCUCAAUAACCCGCUCAGUGAUCAAACAGUGAUCACGGGGACAGACCGUGCAGGUGCCGGUGUGCUCACGGCGGUUAUUCUUGUUGCGCUUUUGUCAAUUGGGUUCUGGAUGAUCUGGAAAUAA